AUCCGGGAUCAUGACCUGAGCUGAAGGCAGUUGCUUAACCAGCAGAGCCACCCAGGAGGCCCAAACUCCAGUUUCUAUGGAUUCCAGUGACACAGACCAACACCAGACCUGCGAGGUGUCAGAGGUCUCACCAAGCUCCUGCUUCUUCUGGACCCCUCCCAGGAAAGUGAUCACCCAACUAUGCUGUGAUUCGGAGUACAGGGCUUUACAGAGUAGAAAGCCGGGACGUAGCUUCAUGGUUUUCAGCCAUUUUCCCUAACUGAUGUCUGGGAACUCUGAAGCAUUCGGGCCCCACCUGGUCUUCUGGGGACCACCGGGAUCCUGAGAUCAUGCUGUCACACCUGGGAUAUCACCUCACUUCACCCCUUGAACACUUUUAAGCCAGGAAUGUCCCAGACAGGGGUAGACACCUAAGUGUUUCAAUCAUGCACCUGGCUGUCGAUAGAAACUUUGCAGUAGGCUCCUUCAGAGAAGGGACCAUCCCUGUCAGGCACAAUGGCUUAUCUAAGGUCCAAACCAGAAGUUGGCUGAAACCACCCCCGCGAUGCCUCAGGAUAUUUCGAGGGAGACGCCAUAAGAACGCUCCAGAGGACGUGGUGCAGGAGCUGAAUGUCGACAUCCCCUGCUCUCCUUCCCCGAAGGACCAGAAGCCGCACACGGCCAACAGAGUCUGGCGCUGGCUCAGGGGGGAAAAUGGCUCAACGAGGAAGAGGAAUAAGACCUCGAUAGUAUGGAACACUCGUGCCACUUCAUUGGAGGCCGCAAUAGAUUACCUGGUGACUGCCGUCAUAAAACAAGAUCUAAACUAUGUUCACUCGUUUCUGCAAAUAUACCGCACCUUUACUACCACCCAGGAGGUGCUGGGCCUCCUCUUUGCAAGAUUCGGAUGUGUUUGCUCCACGUAUGACGAGGUCGGCGGACCCCAGGAACAGUGCAACAUGGCCGUCUAUGCCAUCCUGGAUAUGUGGGUGGAAAGGUAUCCAGGGGAUUUUGUGCAGCCUCCGGAGUUUCCCAACUUGCAUGCUGUACUGGCCUACCUGCAGGUCAAUGUGCCUGGCUCGGACCUGCAGCGCCGUGCCCAGCUUCUGCUGCCAGAAAGGCAGCGCGCUGAGACCACAGAGCCAGAGGCUGGGGCUACAGCACCGGCCCCAGAGCCAGAUCAGGAUGUGCCUGGGGAAGUUGUUCCAGCAGUCACUCUGGCACCCGCUGCACGUCUGGGGCCUGAGCUGGCCCCCGCCAUCCCUGCUGCGGCAGGUCACUAUGGGUUAGGAAGACCAGUGACCCCCCCUGACCCGUUGGGGCCAGGGCAGAUGGUCGUCAGGGCCCUCGUUCACUUCUCUGCCACGGAAGAGCCACCUGGCCUUUUGACUUUCCUGGAUGACCCGCAGGGUCCUGCCCACGAGCUGCCGCCGCCUGCCUCCGUGGAGCAAGCGGGCUCGGUCCCUGAGCUGCCGCCGCCUGCCUCCGUGGAGCACGCGGGCUCGGUCCCUGAGCUGCCGCCGCCUGCCUCCGUGGAGCAAACGGGCUCGGUCCCUGAGCUGCCGCCGCCUGCCUCCGUGGAGCAAGCGGGCUCGGUCCCUGAGCUGCCGCCGCCUGCCUCCGUGGAGCAAGCGGGCUCGGUCCCUGAGCUGCCGCCGCCUGCCUCCGUGGAGCACGCGGGCUCGGUCCCUGAGCUGCCGCCGCCUGCCUCCGUGGAGCAAGCGGGCUCGGUCCCUGAGCUGCCGCCGCCUGCCUCCGUGGAGCAAGCGGGCUCGGUCCCUGAGCUGCCGCCGCCUGCCUCCGUGGAGCAAGCGGGCUGGGUCCCUGAGCUGCCGCCGCCUGCCUCCGUGGAGCAAGCGGGCUCCGCUCCCGAGGAGCACCUAGUGCUUGCUACAACCAGAAAGCAUGUCUUUCCCAUGCCCCUCGUUGCUUUUUUUGUAUUUCUUCUCUUUUGUGUAUAUGUAUAUAAUUACAUACUAGAUUUAAUUAAAGAUAGUAGAACUUGAGUUUACAUAA